UUUUCUUCUUUUGCAAAGGAAAAAAAGAAAAGUGAACUCGGAAAAAUGGUUUCUGACUCCGACCUGGCGACUCGGCUCCGGGAGAUUCUCCGGAGCUCCGACCUCGACACGGCGACUCCGGCGAGUGUUCGACGUCAGCUCGAGGCCGAUUUCGGCGUUGACUUGACCGAGAGAAAGGGUUUCAUUAGGGAACAAAUCGAUGCUUUUCUCGAGAGCGAUGGCGGAGAAGGAGAGAAACCGGAGAAUCAGAUGGUGGAAGAAGACUGUAAUGCUGAGCAAAACUAUGACGGCGAAGCCAAGGAAGAAGGAGACGGUGAAGGUGAAGACGACGGAGGAAGUGAAGGCGAUGAAGGAAAGAAAGAACGGGCUGGAAAGGCCAAGAAAAGACGUGGUGGUGGCUUCAGCAAAUUAUGGCAGCUUUCCCCACAACUUGAAAAUUUCAUUGGAUCAUCACAAUUGGCUCGAACAGAGGUUGUGAAGAAAAUUUGGGCUUAUAUCCGGGAGAAAAAUUUGCAAGAUCCAAAGAACAAGCGGAAUAUAAUAUGUGAUGAAUCGCUGCAUUCCUUAUUCAAAGUAAAGGCCAUUAACAUGUUUCAAAUGAGCAAGGCAUUGUCAAAGCAUAUUUGGCCGCUAAGUGAUGGAGAUGGGGGCGUUAACAAUGAGAAGGUAGAAGAUGAGGAUGAUGUGUCAGAUGAAACAGAAGGGAAAGAAGAGCAAAAUGAAGAAGCGAAAGAAAAUGAUGAAGAGCAAAGUGAAGAAGAAGAAGAAAAUAGGAGUGUACGAAAAACCAAGAGAAGAAAGUCUGCAAAGUCCGAUCAGAAAACCACGAAAAGAGGAGGUGGAUUUGCUAAAGUGUGUGGCCUUUCACCAGAGCUUCAGGCUUUUACUGGGAUGACUGAAUUAGCCAGGACAGAGGUUGUGAAAAUGCUUUGGAAGUACAUCAAGGAGAACAAUUUGCAAGAUCCGAGUGAUAAACGGAAAAUAAUAUGCGAUGAAGCAUUGCGUUCACUGUUCCCAGUUGAUUCGAUCAAUAUGUUUCAAAUGACUAAACACCUAUCCAAGCACAUAUGGCGUCCGGAGGAGGUUAAAGGGGGCGUUAACAAUGUGAAGGUAGAAGAUGAGGAUGAUGUGUCUGAUGAAACAGAAGGGAGAGAAGAGCAAAAUGAAGAAGCAGAAGAAAAUGGUGAAGAGCAAAGGGAAGAAGAAGAAAAAAAUAGGAGUGUACGAAAAGCCAAGAGAAUAAAUAGGUCAGCAAAGUCUGAUGAGAAAACCACUAAAAGAGGAGGUGGAUUUGCUAAAGUGUGUGGCCUGUCACCAGAGCUUCAGGCUUUUACUGGGAUGACUGAAUUAGCCAGGACUGAGGUUGUGAAAAUGCUUUGGAAGUACGCCAAGGAGAACAAUUUGCAAGAUCCGAGUGAUAAGCGGAAAAUAAUAUGCGAUGAAGCAUUGCGUUCACUGUUCCCAGUUGAUUCGAUCAAUAUGUUUCAAAUGACUAAACACCUAUCCAAGCACAUAUGGCGUCUGGAGGAGGUUAAUGGGGGCGUUAACAAUGUGAAGGUAGAAGAUGAGGAUGAUGUGUCAGAUGAAACAGAAGGGAAAGAAGAGCAAAAUGAAGAAGCGGAAGAAAAUGGUGAAGAGCAAAGUGAAAAAGAAGAAGAAAAUAGGAGUGUACGAAAAGCCAAGAGAAGAAAUAGGUCUGCAAAGUCUGAUCAGAACACCACGAAAAGAGGAUGUGGAUUUGCUAAAGUGUGUUGCCUUUCACCAGAGCUUCAGGCUUUUACUGGGAUGAAUGAAUUAGCCCGGACAGAGGUUGUGAAAAGGCUUUGGAAGUACAUCAAGGAGAACAAUUUGCAAGAUCCGAGUGAUAAACGGAAAAUAAUAUGCGAUGAAGCAUUGCGUUCACUGUUUCCAGUUGAUUCGAUCAAUAUGUUUCAAAUGACUAAACACCUAUCCAAGCACAUAUGGCCUCUUGAGAAGGAUGAAGGGGGCGUUGACAAUGUGAAGGUAGAAGAUGAGGAUGAUGUGUCAGAUGAAACAGAAGGGAAAGAAGAGCAAAAUGAAGAAGCAGAAGAAAAUGGUGAAGAGCAAAGGGAAGAAGAAGAAAAUAGGAGUGUACGAAAAGUCAAGAAAAGGAAGUCUGCGAAGUCGGAUCAGAAGACCACGAAAAAAGGAGGUGGAUUUGCUAAAGUAUGUGGCCUUUCACCAGAACUUCAGGCUUUUACUGGGAUGACUGAAUUAGCCAGGACAGAGGUUGUGAAAAUGCUUUGGAAGUAUGCCAAGGAGAACAAUUUGCAAGAUCCGAGUGAUAAACGGAAAAUAAUAUGCGAUGAAGCAUUGCGUUCACUGUUCCCAGUUGAUUCGAUCAAUAUGUUUCAAAUGACUAAACACCUAUCCAAGCACAUAUGGCGUCUGGAGGAGGUUAAAGGGGGCGUUAACAAUGUGAAGGUAGAAGAUGAGGAUGAUGUGUCAGAUGAAACAGAAGGGAAAGAAGAGCAAAAUGAAGAAGCAGAAGAAAAUGGUGAAGCGCAAAGGGAAGAAGAAGAAGAAAAUAGGAGUGUACGAAAAGCCCAGAGAAGAAAUAGGCCUGCAAAGUCUGAUCGGAAAACCACUAAAAGAGGAGGUGGAUUUGCUAAAGUGUGUGGCCUUUCACCAGAACUUCAGGCUUUUACUGGGGUGAAUGAAUUAGCCCGGACAGAGGUUGUGAAAAGGCUUUGGAAGUACAUCAAGGAGAACAAUUUGCAAGAUCCGAGUGAUAAACGGAAAAUAAUAUGCGAUGAAGCAUUGCGUUCACUGUUCCCAGUUGAUUCGAUCAAUAUGUUUCAGAUGACGAAACACCUGUCCAAGCACAUAUGGCCUCUGGAAAAGGAUGAAGAUAAACCUUUGAAGAAUGGAAAGCGAAAACUGGAAACAGAAGAAGAGAGUGACGACGAGACAGAGGAGAAAGAGAAACGGCAGAAGAAAGGAGGGUCGGGUCUUCUUAUUCCGCUCCCAUUAUCGGAUGCUCUGGUUAAGUUUUUGGGAACUGGUGAAAACUCGUUAUCGAGGGCAGAUGUGACAAAGAGAUUUUGGGAUUACAUAAAACAGAACGAUCUUCAGGAUCCUUCGGACAAGAGGAGGAUAUUAUGCGACGAGAAGCUGAAAGAACUUUUCGACGUUGAUACUUUCAACAGCUUUUCGGUUUCCAAGCUUCUGACUAACCAUUUCAUCAAAGGCUGAUCAUUUUAAUGAACUCACUCUCUCAAGCGGCCAGUUUUGGUAAGUUCUGACAAAGCUAACUGUCUUUAUUGAUUCUUAAACACAGAUUUUCGGAUACUGUCUUUUUUGUUUUGGUUUUCGUUUCCUGUUUGUUUUGGGGUAUAGAGUGAGUGAUCAAACCAAUUGAGUUUUAGC